AUGAAGAGGAGCUGCUGUGGCUGCUGGGACGCCAGCCCGCGGGGGGCCGGCGGGCCGGAGCCGGGGUACCGCCUGUGGGCCAGAGACCUGGGCAGGAUCCACCGGGCGGCCAGCGCGGGCAAUGUGGCCGAAGUGCAGCAUCUGCUCUUGCUGGGGAAGAGCGGCCCCGACGACAGGGACAGGAGGCACAGGACAGCUCUGCACUUAGCUUGUGCUGGUGGCCAUAAAGAGGUAGUCACUCUUCUAGUGGAGAGAAAGUGCCAGCUAAACCUCUAUGACAGCGAAAACAGGACAGCGUUGAUUAAGGCAGUACAAUGCCAGAAAGAAGAAUGCGCAACCAUUCUGCUGGAACAUGGUGCGGACCCGAAUCUGCAGGACUUCGGUGGUAAUACUGCUCUCCACUACGCUGUCUCCAGUCAGAACAGGGCCAUAGCUGCCAAGCUGCUGGCACAUGAUGCAGACAUUAAAAUAAGCAACGAGGAUGACCUCACGCCAGUUUUACUGGCUGUCAAGGAAGACAAACAGGAAAUGGCAGAUUUUUUAAUAAAUGAAUCAAAUAGGUAUGCAUUAAGAAAAAUGCAAAGAUUUUCCAGUAAACCUGCCAUUGAUGAUUCAAGGCAUAUAUCUGAUGAUGAGUUUGAUUUUGAAGCCAAGGAAAGACCUAUAAAGCCAGCAGAUGAAAAGGACAAAAAUGAUAUUGAAAGUGUCUCACAAGACCAUACAAAAAAUACCAAUUUACCCUGUGUUGAUGAAGCUCUCAAAAAAAGAAGUGAAAUGCUGUCAGCACUGGGAUUAGAAGAGGAAGAUAUAGACUCACCUACGGACUCUGAGAGUAUUUCUGAGAGUCUACCACAGAAGUAUGUUGAUCACUUAUUGGCAACUGCAAAUCAAGGAGAAAAAAGUACAUUAAAUGGACAAGUAGAAGAUGUUUUUUAUAUUCCUUCGUUCAUGAGUGGAUCGAGCAACUUUAAGAAGGCUAAAAUAGAUGGUACCAGAAAUAGAGACUUUCCAGUUGCCCACCUAGAAUCUCUUGAAAACUACUACGACUUGAAGCCUUCUAUUGAAGUGAAAGACUCCAUUCCUAAUAAAGCAGUUGGAAUAAAGGAUGUUCAAACAGCUCAACCAGAUUUGCCACCUGAACUAGACUUAGACAUGGCAACAGAGGAGGAUCCAGAAGGACAUGAUGAACAUGAAUAUAACCUCUUGCAGGUUUCUGAUAGUCAUGACAAGGAAAAAGACCACAUGUUACAGGAUGAAAUUGUCAGGCUAAAAUUGGAAGUCAACACAAUGAAAAAUCAGAACCAGGAAAAGGAAAAGACAUAUUUAGAAGACAUUAAAAUUCUCAAAGAAAGGAAUGAGGAUCUUCAAAGGACUAUAAAACGGAACGAGGAAACGUUCACUGAAACAGUGUUCCAGUCUACUGGACAGAUUAAUGUCCUGGCAGCCGAGAAUACAAUGCUUAAGUCUCAGCUGGAGCAAGCAAAGCAGAAGAAGGACACACUGGAAACAGAACUGGAGACUUACCGUUCUCGACUGGCUACUGCUACGCAGGUCCAUGAUCAAAGCCAGAUCUCCAAAAGAGAACUGGAACUCAGCUUCCAGAGGGCCAGAGAUGAAUGGUCUCGCUUGCAGGAGAAAAUGCACUUUGAUGUGGCUAACCUAAAAGACACUAAUGAGGUUCUUUCUCAACAGCUCUCUAAAACGGAAGCUAAACUAAAUAACCUAGAAAUUGAGCUCCAUCAGACAAGGGAUUCCUUUAGAGAAAAGACAUUGGCUUUGGAAUGUAUUCAAAGAGACCUAAGCCAAACCCAAGGUCAGAAGAAGGAUAUAUAACACAUGUAUCAUAAUGAACAAGGGAAAGUGAAUAAAUACAUGGGCAAACAGGAGUCCUUAGAGGAGCUACUGUCUCACUUGCAGAGUGAAAACAUGUUGCCUCGCCAGCAACUAGAUGAUGCCCAUAACAUAGUGGACAGCAACGAAAAGACAAUGAUGAAGAUGUACGGCCAGUUCCAGGACAAUGUCCAAAGGCUUCAAGCUGAAAGGGAGAAACAUCGUCUUCUGCUGGAAAGAAUAAAUAAGCAGUUGAUCAAUGACAGCAACCAUUUAACGGAAACAAUAUGCCAGUAUGAAAGUGAAAAAGCACAAAGAGAAGUGUUUGUGAGACAACUUCAGCAAGAACUAGCUGAUAGUCUAAAGAAGCAAUCUAUGUCAGAGGCUUCGCUGGAAGUUGUAUAUCCUUACCACACUACCUUGGAGGAUGAAAAUCAUUUAAAGAGGAAGGUAAGUCGAAGGAGAAGUCCUGUGUUUUUGACUAUUCUCAUUCUGUUCCUGCUAAUCAAACUCUUUGCUAUUUUAUUUAUGCAGAUCGAUGAUCUCACUGCAAAACUGGAACGUGCAUCUUCCAAAUGUCAACAUCUGGAUGCACAAAAUCAAGUUCUUCAGCAGCAGUUAUUGUUUAUGAAAGUAAUGCAAAAGAAUAAUGAAAAGGUAAAGAAGAAUAAAAAGCAGUUGUAACAAGAAGUAGUCAACCUCAAAAGUCAUAUAGAACUAAAUAUGGUAGAACGCAGUCAAGUAGAACAGUUUAAACAAGAGACCGAAGAAAGAGCAAGACAGGAUGUAGUAGAAAAAUUCAAAGAAGUCAAUCUGUUUUUACAGGUAAAAGCAGCAUCUCAAGAACAGUUAAGAGAGAAUACUAAUACUUCUUUGAAAAGUCAAAUGGAACUCAGAAUUAAGGAGCUGGAAUCUGAACUUUCUCAAAUGAAAACUUCUCAGGAAGAGUGUAAUAAAAGAGAAUUGGAAAAAUAUAAGCAACUCUUCCUAGAAGAAAUGACAGUUAGAAAAUCCUUGCAAAAUAAGCUAAUAAAAAAUAAUGAGAGGCUUGCCCAGAUCAUCAGCACUAAACUCCUGGUGGAGAAACAGCAAAGCAGAUCUGUGAUGAGUACCCUGACUGGCAGGCCAGUUCUGGAGCCUCCUUCUAUGGGAAAUCUCACUCCUAGUGCAAGGCUGCCCAGAAAUCUGGCUCCAAGAGAAAGCAUCCUGUUUCCUUCUGCCAAGCCUCGACCUCCAGAUUGCAGCACGGAGACCUUCUUAUUCCAGAUGCAGCAACAAUUGGAUAAAAGUAUCAAAAGAGAAAUAGAAGAAGCUGCUGCUGACUUAGAAUCUGGAUCCUAUAGAUCUCUUCCAAGAUCUAUUGAAGCAUCGAAUCUAACCCAGGAUCUACUUUUGAAAACGUCAAGAGAAUAUGUCGAGAUUCUGAAAAAGCAAUAUCUUAUCUAA